AAUACCGGUUGGCAAAAACUUCCGUCUUUGGAUUUACGUAAGAAGCGUCGCUUCUUAAGGAUGAAACUUCACCGACGCUUGAUAGUCAGUAUUCGUUGGUGAAUGAAACUACAGAACAAUGGGCAACUAUCUAGUCAACUAUUCGGGUAUCGGUGUGAGCGAAGAGCUCCAGGAGGAAAUCGCCAGUUGUGGCGUUUAUGACGCAUCUGAGUCAAGCUAUGUAACAACAGUCCCUCAAAUGGCACCUACGAGUCGAAAGUUUCCUCGUGUAAGGGACCAGCUGCCAGACGAUCAAGCCUACGAAGGAUUGCGAAAUCCUUAUGUGUUAGUGAUAAAUAACGUAAACUUUAUAAAAGACCCGGUACCAAGGAAUGGAGCUGAACACGAUCUUGAAAACGUGGAAACGUUUUUUAGGGAAGCUGGUUUCACAUCUGUGAGAAAGGAUUACGAUCUGCCAAAACACAAGAUGGUGGAUAUUCUUGACGAAACUCGAAAAAGAAGUGAAUUAGGUAAACAUGACGGUCUCAUAUGCAUCAUCAUGAGUCACGGCGAUGAGAAAGGAAUCAGGUGCAGCAACGGUGAAACUAUUUCAGUUGAUGAGAUAACCUCCAAAUUUCGUGGCAACAAUGAAUCGUGUCCACAGCUCGCAGGAAAACCCAAACUAUUCUUCAUUCAAGCAUGCAGAGGCGAAGUUGAUGACAAAGGGUACCCUGUAACCUGUGGGCUAGUCGACGACAAUGUGUUUGCCGAUAGCGCUCAUUGUGAGGGAAGGUCUCUAACACUGCCUUCUGAUGCAGAUUUUUUGAUUAGCUAUUCUACUACCCCGGGUUACAAGUCUUACAGAAGGUUCACAAUGUCAGCGGCGUGUGCACCACCCAGUGAAAGUCUUGGCUCCUGGUUCAUCUCCACAUUAAUGAGAGUUCUGCGGGAGAAUUCACACGCGGACGACCUAAUGACAAUGCUGACUAAAGUGAAUCAAGAAAUGAUCAGAAAAGCGACAGGUAAUGGUAACAAGCAGAUUCCAAGUCAUGUCUCCAUGCUCACAAGAAAGGUCUUUUUCGCCAGUUUCUUUAAUAGGAACUUUUAACUAAACCACGAACUACCAACAUCUCAAUUUAAAACUUUGCGAUUGGCUGUAACAAAUUUUGUUGUCAAUUAAAUAAAGGUCAUUAUUGGCUGUAA